GGGCGGCGUGCGCGUGCGCACCGCGCCCUCUCCCGCAGGGACUGCUGGGUGGCGGCGCGAGGCUGCGGCGAGAGGAGCGGCACGGAGCGGCGCGUCGGCCCCGGAGAUGUGGAGACCUUCCCAACUCUGCCACGUGCACUCGGCCUUGCUCCAGGGCAGGCUGAAGCCCUGGCCCUCCCCUGCCACCUUCUUCAGGAGACACCUCAGAGUCCCGCCUGCCAAGUGGUCCUUGAGACCCCAGCCCCUGUGGAGGAAGGCGCUGUCCGUCACGGCGGUGGGGGCGCCCCUGCUUCUUGGGGUGCGGUAUUUCACAGCCGAGCCGCAGGAGAGGAGGAGGAUGCGGCUCGUGGUGGAUGGUGUGGGCCGUUUCGGCAGGUCUCUGCGAGUCGGCCUGCAGAUCUCCCUGGACUACUGGUGGUGCACGCACGUCGUCCUGCGCGGGGUGGAGGAGAACAGCCCGAGGUACUUGGAGGUGAUGUCUGCGUGUCACCAGCGGGCGGCGGACGCCCUAGUGGCGGGGGCCAUCAGCAAUGGGGGCCUCUACGUGAAGCUGGGCCAGGGGCUGUGCUCCUUCAACCACCUGCUGCCCCCCGAGUACAUCAGGACGCUGCGCGUGCUGGAGGACAGGGCGCUCACGCGUGGCAUCCAGGAGGUGGAUGAGCUGUUCCUGGAAGACUUCCAGGCCCCGCCCCGCGAGCUCUUCCGGGACUUCGACUACCAGCCCAUCGCGGCGGCAAGCCUGGCCCAGGUGCACCGCGCUAGACUGCACGACGGCACGGAGGUGGCUGUGAAGGUGCAGUACAUCGACCUGCGGGACCGCUUCGAGGGGGACAUCCACACCCUGGAGCUCCUGCUCCAGCUCGUGGAGCUCAUGCACCCCAGCUUCGGCUUCAGCUGGGUCCUCCAGGACCUCAAGGGGACCCUGGCCCAGGAGCUGGACUUUGAGAACGAGGGGCGCAACGCCGAGCGCUGUGCCCGGGAGCUGCGGCACUUCCGCUACGUCGUGGUGCCCCGCGUGCACUGGGACACGUCCAGCAAGCGCGUGCUGACCGCCGACUUCUACGAGGGCUGCAAGGUCAACGACGUGGAAGCCAUCAAGACCAUGGGGUUGGCGGUGCGGGAUAUAGCGGAGAAGCUGAUCCAGGCUUUUGCCGAGCAGAUAUUUUAUACCGGCUUCAUCCACUCUGACCCCCACCCUGGCAACGGUAGGAACAGCCCCUCGGGGCUGGGGGUCAGGGGUCAGGGUCAGGGCGGGGUGACGGGAGCUGACACACCAUGUCCUAGUUCUGGUGCGGAGAGGCCCGGACGGGAAGGCCCAGCUGGUGCUGCUGGACCACGGGCUCUACCAGUUUCUGGAUGCAAAGUAAGCUGGGGCCCUGCGGGCUGGGCGGGCACCCCCCGGCCGGCCUUUCCUGCCCCGGCUCAUGGCUGGGUUGUCCCCAGGGACCGGUCGGCCCUGUGCCAGCUGUGGCGGGCCAUCAUUCUGAGGGACGAGGCCGCCAUGAAGACACACGCGGCUGCGCUCGGGGUGCAAGACUACCUCCUGUUCUCCGAGGUGCUCAUGCAGCGGCCCGUGCGUCUGGGGCAGCUGUGGCGCUCGAACCUCCUGAGCCGUGAGGAGGCCGCCUACAUGCGGGACAUGGCGAGGGAGCACUUCGAGGAGGUCAUGGCGGUGCUCAAGGCCCUGCCGCGGCCCAUGCUGCUCGUGCUGCGCAACGUCAACACCGUGCGCGCCAUCAACACCGCCCUGGGCGCCCCCGUGGACCGCUACUUCCUCAUGGCCAAGAGCGCGGUCCGGGGCUGGAGCCGCCUGGCAGGCACAGGGCGCCAGGACGCCUACGGUGCCCGCCUCUUGCGCCACGUCCGAGUCGUCUGGGAGACCUUCAAGUUUGAGGUAGCUCUAAGGCUGGAGACCCUGUCGAUGCAGCUCACCGCCCUCCUGGUUCGAGUGCUGGUCCACCUGGGCCUCCUGCCCGAGGCCCAGGGCCUGUACGAGUACCUGGAGACCUAGGCCACCCCAGGCAGGAGCCCACAGCUGGCAGGGCCAGCAGCACGGAUGCCCAAGACCUGGGGGUGCUCUGGGCCCCACAAUGACCACACGCUCUUCUCAAAGCAAA